AUGAAAUUAAUCAUUAAAAUUCUUUAUGAUAAUUUCAAUAAGUGGAGUGAUUUAAACAAUUUUAGAUUUGCCAGUUUUUGGAUUAAUGUAAAAACAAACAAAAAUUAUCAUUCCCUUAUGAUGAGUGAUUAUUUAAAGAAGAAACCAGAUUUUUAAUAUGUGUAAUCAAUUAAAAGAGAUUUGAGUAAUUCCAAGUAUUAUAAUGUCUUAGAAACAAUUAAAGUAAUAAUUACUUAAGAUUAUAGAUUACAUCAUAAUGCAAGAACUUUGAAAAAUUCUGGUCAUUUCUCAUUAUAAUUAAUUCCUGCUAAUAGAUAUUACUUUGGAGAUUUUAAAGCUUAUACAAUCUUCUCAUAGAAAAUAAUCCAACUUCACCUUUAUUCUAUUUAUAAUAGCAUAGUAAUAUUUAAAAAAAGUUCUUUUCUAGGAUGAAAUAGAUGGUUUCUUAUGAUUGA